AUGUCUGCGUCAUCUCGGAGGAAAGCACUGAAAGAUUUCUACAAGUUGCAAGAGCAGACGCAGCAGCAAUUGCAGAAUUCCCAGACGUUGCCUGUGGAGGAGCCGAAACCGGAGGCGGAGCUGAGCGUGGACAAUAUUGACGAGUUCAUCAGGGACUCUGACUUUGUCAAGAUCCUGGAAACGGAAAACAAGGUCACCGAGGAGUUGAACACCAACCAGGCCGAGAUCAAGUCUAUCAUCUACAACAACUACUACGAAUUGAUCAAAAUCAACGAUGUUUUGAUGGACCUAAAGCUGAAAAACACACAGGAGGACGGAGUCAUGGAGAACCUGGAGAAAAUACGAAAAAACAUCAAGACUCUGCGCAAGGACAACUACGAGCUUUUGUCGGAACCGCUCGACAAGAAGGACUCCAAGAUCAGCAAGACGAUCAACAAACUGUUGCUGGACAACAAGAACGACAAGAAGACGAUCGACGCUAUUGACAACGCGCUGCCCAAGCUACAUGGCGAGAGUCUGCUUCUGCAAUUGAACGAACUCAAGAGUAAAUAG